AUGUAAUAAGUUAAUGUACCUUCAUAAUAUCCAAAUGUUCCCUUCUCUAAUCAUACUCCAACAAAUAAAACCAAUCCUUCUCAUUCUCCCCAUUAAAGAAUGCCUUUUCAAUCAUCGUCUCCUAUGCAAGAUUCCAAUAAUUAUACACCUGUUAAAUAACUUGGUGAAUUAGAAUUGCUUUAUUAGAAAAUCAAUUUACUCUAAAAUGAGAAUAAAAUGCUUAAAUCUCAAUUAGAUAAUGCCAAUGUUCAAAUUUAAUAACUCACAUUGAAACUUAGCUAACUUAAUGGUUAGGCAAUAUUCAAAACAACGACUUUCGAAUUGGUAGUACUCUAAAAAGCAUUAGAACAAUUAGAAUAACUAAAAACAAACUUAUAGAGAAGAAAAGCAAGUUCAUAAAAUAAGAAUUAAACAUUCCCUACUGAGCCAACUGUAGAAGUUAUUAGUGAAUUGAAGAGCAAAGUGGUUUCCAUAGAAUAAUAGAAUAUAAAAUUAAACAAAGAAAACUCAGAUCUAUAAGUAGAUUAAUAUAUCUCUAUUAAUAGCAAUUCAAUUUAUUUGGUGGAUAAUCUGAAAAUAAAGAAUUUGUAAGAGAAGGCAGAAGAUAAUUAUUUUCUGAUCCAAGUGAAAUUCGUAAAGUCAAUAGAAAUAGUCCAAUCAGAUUUGUCAAUCAAAAAGGAAGUCCUAGUAAUCCAUAUAGAUCACCUUAGAAUAAAGAGUGAC